AUGAAAUAUAUUUUAGUUACUGGUGGUGUGUUGAGUGGUAUUGGCAAGGGUAUCAUUGCAAGUAGCACAGCAAUGAUCAUGAAGUCAAUGGGAUUGCGUGUGACAUCGAUCAAGAUCGAUCCAUACUUGAACAUUGAUGCCGGUACCAUGAGUCCAUUCGAACACGGUGAAGUAUUCGUUCUCAAUGACGGUGGUGAAGUAGAUCUCGAUCUUGGAAACUACGAGCGUUUCCUUGACGUCAGUUUAAAUCGUGAUAAUAACAUUACAACUGGAAAGAUUUAUAAUUUAGUAAUUGAAAAGGAACGUAAAGGUUUGUUCUUGGGUAAGACUGUACAAGUUGUUCCACAUAUUACUGAGGAGAUCCAACAGUGGGUUGAACGUGUCGCUCAUAUUCCAGUGGAUGGACAAGAGGGUACUCCAGAUGUUUGUGUCAUCGAGUUGGGUGGAACCGUUGGAGAUAUCGAAUCUAUGCCAUUCAUUGAGGCGAUGCGUCAAUUCCAAUUCCGUGUUGGUGAGGACAACUUUUGUUUGUUACAUGUCACUUUGGUGCCGGUGUUGGGUGUCGUCGGUGAGCAAAAGACCAAGCCAUCGCAACAGUCUGUCCGUGAGUUGAGAGCACUCGGUCUCAGUCCAAAUCUCGUUAUGUGUCGUAGCACUCAGCCAUUGUCCACCGAGACCAAAAAGAAGAUCUCGCUGUUCUGCCACGUCGCACCAGAGAACGUCAUUGGAGUGCACGACGUCUCCAACAUCUAUCGUGUCCCACUGUUGCUCUACCAACAAAAUACACCAAACAUUAUUUUGAAUCGUUUGAAGUUGACACCAAAGGUAGAUAUCAACUGUGUCAAGGAGAAUGGACAUAUGGGUGACGACGGUAACCAAGGUACCCCAUACUGGUUGGAAGCCUGGAAAGCUAUGGCCGACCGUAUGGACAGAAUCAACAACGAGGGAUUCGGCCCAAUUCGUAUUGCUAUGGUUGGUAAAUACACUGGUUUGACUGACUCUUAUCUCUCGGUGAUCAAAGCGUUGGAGCACGCCUCUAUGCAUCUCGAUCGUAAGACUGUGAUCGACUGGAUCGAAGCAUCCGACUUGGAGCCAGCCAGAGAAGGUAACGCCUCGCCCAUUACAGACUUUUCACCAGAGAAACACGAUCGUGCCUGGGAUUUGUUGCGUUCUGCACACGGUAUUCUGGUGCCAGGUGGUUUCGGUGAUCGUGGUGUCGAGGGUAUGAUUCUCGCUGCCAACUACGCGCGUACUCACAACAAGCCAUACUUGGGUAUUUGCUUGGGUAUGCAAGUCGCCGUUAUCGAAUACGCCAGAAACAUGCUCGGCUGGACAGGUGCCAAUUCCGAAGAGUUUGGUAAUGGAACCAAGAAUGUUGUAAUUUUCAUGCCUGAAGUCUCAAAGACUCAUAUGGGUGCCACCAUGCGUUUGGGUUCACGUGACACCAUCUUCAACGAUGUCGACUGCAAGAUUGCCAAGCUAUACAAUGUCACCAAGGUCGGUGAAGCCGUCGAGGAGCGUCAUCGUCAUCGUUAUGAAGUCAACCCAGAGUACAUCCAAGAGAUCGGUACCAAGGGAUUGCGUUUCGUUGGAAAGGAUUCCACCAACACCCGUAUGGAAAUCGUAGAGUUGGACGGUCACGACUACUUUGUUGCCUGCCAAUUCCACCCAGAGUUCAAAUCAAGACCACAAAGACCAUCACCACCAUUCAUUGGUUUGGUUCAAGCUGCUUGGGAUCAAAUCUCAAAGGCAAUCAACCAUUAA